AUGGCCGAGGUAGCUAAGGAUAAAGACGUCGUCGUGAUCAUACACUCUGAUAGGGUGGAUGUAGGCUACGAGGCGUUGAAGGGUGUCCAAAUCAAGAAGCCAUCCAGAUACCACAGUCCGUCGGGCGUGAGUGCAGAGGGUGUGGUGAACUUAAUCAUCAUCGCUGGAAUGGUGCUGCCAGUAGCAACAGUGGCUGUGACUUAA